AUGUCAUCGACCGGGAAGAUUACUCUCAAGAGUUCCGACGACAAGGUGUACGAAAUUGACGCGGCGGUGGCAUUGGAAUCUCUAACAAUCAAGCAUAUGAUCGACGCCAAUUGUACCGAAGAUGGUGAAAUCCCCAUUCCCAAUGUAACAAGCAAGAUUUUGGCAAAGGUUAUUGAGUAUUGUAAGAAGCAUGUUGAGGCUGAGAGUUCCGAAGAAGAAAAACCUGGUAAUAGUGAGGAUGAUCUUAAGGUUUGGGACGCUAAUUUUGUCAAAGUUGAUAAGGAUACACUCUUCGAUCUCAUCUUAGCCGCAAAAGAGUUAAACAUUAAGAGUCUGUUGGAACUUACAUGUCAGGCUGUAGCAAAAAUGACCAAGGGUAUGAAACCGGCGGAAAUUCGCAAGUUUUUUAGCGUUAAGAAAGCAUACACUCCGGAGGAAGAGGACGAAGUUCGUCGUGAAAACCAGUGGACUUUUGAAUGA